AUGGGCUCUCCCUAUGUGCUCCCAUUCCCUCGUGACCCUGAAAUCAAUGUCUCUGACAUCACCAUCUCACAAAACCCUAGCAUCUCCUCUCGCCUUUACCUCCCUCCUCAAAACCAAAAAUAUCAACAACCCAAAAACCCUAUCCCCGUCUUGGUUUACCUCCACGGUGGUGGGUUUUGCUUUGAAUCUGCCUUCUCGUCCGACUACUACCGUUUUCUCAAUCGCUUGGUCUCGCAAGCCCAAGUCCUCACCGUCUCAGCCGAGUACAGGCUCGUCCCGGAAAACCCAUUUCCCAUGUGUUACCUACAUUGCUGGGAUCGAUGCUUUUCAAUGGACUCUUCCCACAAACCCCACAAAGAAUCAGAUGCUAGCAAUGCUGACAAAGAGCCAUGGUUGGUCCUGUCUGGUAGUUUUGAUAAAUUGUACAUUGGUAGAGACAGUGCAGGAGGAAACAGUGUGCAUAACGUGGCUAUUGUUAAGCUAUAUCAAAUGAUCAAACAUAUACUGUAA